GAAACCCUAAAAUGCCUCCUCACACUCCUUGACUUCCCUUUCUCAAAUGCCUCACCAAUGGCCAACAUUCCUCGGUCCCAUCCAUUGCCUCCUCAAAGUGUUCUGUGCUUCUAUUGGUAACGGCCACCACACAUACUACAAUGCUGAAAGUGAAACCCUACACUUGCACAACCCAUUACCCCUUUUCAAUUUCAGAUAACCCUCUUUGCGCAACAAUUCUUAGACUCUUGGAUUUCUCGUUAGUGGUGGUCGGAGAGGGAAAAUAGCCACCAACAAAGGAGAAAAAGACCCGACAAGCGACAUGUUGUUUGGAGCUCCUUCUGCCACCGGCAAGGAUCGUAACGGGAUGGUGUUUGUGGAACACCUCAUUCUCAAACUCAGCAACCCCGAUCUCCGAGAAAACGCUCUCCAUGAACUCUCUAAGGAUCUUGCUCCAUUAUUGUGGAAUUCUUUUGGUACCAUGGCAGCACUUUUACAGGAAAUAGUUUCAAUAUUCCCUGUUAUUUCACCUCGAAAUCUUACUCCAGCACAAUUAACUCGAGUGUGCAAUGCUCUUGCUCUUUUUCAGUGGAAUAGAAUGGUGCUAAGGUUCCGUUGUUGCUCCAAUACGGUUCUAUUGUGGCUAGGUGGCAGCAGAUGCGUUGCGGAAUUUCAUGUGAUUGAAAUUCACACUGCAAUUGCGGACUAUUGCGGUUGCGGACAACACUCAACAGCAAUAUUUCGGCUGCAAUUUAGAACCAUGGUCCAGUCACAUAUACUUUGUCAGGUCUUUUUCUCCUUUUUCCUCUGCUGCAUAGUAGUCACUGAAGACAUAGAAGAACAAAGUGAAGUAAACUCAGGAUUUUUCUACUCAAGUGCGGAACAGAGAGAAGCUAUGGUUGCAGCUGAAAGACGGCAGGUUGAUGAAAAAGUCACAAGAAUCAUUGAACUGAAGAAUAAGGUUUGUUCCGGUAAUGAUAGCAAUUUUGUUGUCAUCAACCAAAAAGGAAUUGAUCCCCCAUCUCUGGACCUGCUUGCAAGGGAAGGAGAGAGGUGAAGAACAUUCUUUUAUCCUUAAACCUGCAACUUCUAUGUCAAAGAAUUUAAAGGCUCCGGAUGAAAGCUCUUAGUUUUCAAAGGUGCAAUCUCCAAACUCAGCAAAAUCAAGUAUUUCCUCUAAGAGUCCCGACAGAACAAAGAUUGCUUCAAUUGACGAUCAAUAUGCAAUUAUACAGAUUAUUCUUUAAGCAAGCAACCAGUUGGUGACCAUGUUCAUCGAGGGAUAUUAUAAUCUCUGUUGCAUCUGAGAUGUCACGAGAGUUGGAAAGAAAUUCUCAACUUCCUAUGCAGAUGUAUUCCAUCUCAAUCCACAACCACCAUUAAGUUUGAGCUACUUCCAUUGGUUGAUGGCAUAAUUACACUUGACUCUUUGCAAAUUGAUGUCAUGGGAAAAGGUAUGAAUCUUUAGAGUUUUACUUCUUAAUGCUUGAGCAUCUAUCCAAAAAUUAUUUGGUCAAUACUUAGUAAUGAUUUGAUGGGAAGAUGAAUUGCUGCCUAAACGUCUGUUAAUUCUACAACUAUUAUGAUUGUUUUGAAGAAUCACUCAUGACUCAUUUGGGUAUGCUCUUGUUUUAAUUGCUAUGUAUAAUGUAUGGGAUUUGAGUGGAAGAUACAUUCCACUCUUGAAAUGCUUGGAGUUGGAGUCCCGAGAGUUGAUCACUAUAACGACAUCUGCACCCAAAGGUUACAAGGUGAUUUUGACACUUGACUAACUUUGGUUAAUAGGUAAAGGAUGGUGAGAUCUCAUUAAGGCCAUAUUAAAGGAAUAGUUGUGAGGUUCAUUUGAUAAGUGUUUAUAGUUUAUAGCAUGUUCUUUUACUACUUUUAAGCUAAUGAAUUCGUUAAUUUCUCUGUUUGGUUCGUCAUAAACUCUUAAUGUAACAUUUGAUAUUUAUUAUAGAGAGAGUCUAGGAAAUUCAACAUCUGAUAAAAUCACAUUCUCUUUUUAAGAGUUAUACCAA